AUGGGAAAUAUACUAAUGAAAUGCAAAGAUUGUUUUUAAUUCAAUAAACGAAAACAAACAUCUUAAAUAUAAACUCAUUAGUUGGUCAAUUUAUCUAAUAAUCCAGAAGAAGAAACAUAAGGGAAAAUAAAUGCUCAAUAAAUAAGUUAAUUCAAUUUUUAUUAAUUAGGUUUCACUUAAGAUCCAACUUAAUCAAAUGAAAGAACAAUUUCAUAAAUAGAUGAAAAAAAUGAAAAUGAAAUUACACUUGAAACUAUUUCUAAUUAAUAAUUAUCUGCUCUUAGGUCUUCAUAAAUGAAUUCAAAUUAAAAUCAAAAUGAAUAAUAAUAAUUUAUGAUUAAUGAAGAUUGUAAAACUAAUCCAAGUUUAGACUCUCCUUAUCCUCUUUCUUUUAAAGAAGGAGAAUUAAUAACAUUAUCAAGCAUAAAUAAUAUCAAUCAAUAAGAAUUUAAUUAUUAUGCUUAAGAAGCUAUGAAAUAAUUUAUGGAAAAGAUUGAAAUUGAAAAUAAUGAAUCUGGUGAGUAUCUUGUUAAUGGAUAAGAACUUGAUCUAUAUGCUUCACAUCAAAUGAGAAAUAAAAAAAUGUUUUUAAUAAUUAAGUAUUCAUAAAUAUAUCUUAGAUUUUCUUUUGAUCUUAAUACUGAUAUUACAACAUUUUUAAAUUGGUCAAAUGAUAAAAAGUUGUUUGAUUUUGAUUUAAUCAAUACUUAUAAUUUGUAAAAAUUAAAUGAAGAAGAAUAAAUUGGUGAAAUCAUAUUAAAUAGAUAAGGAAUGAUUAAGUAAUAAUAUUUUACUUAUUUAAAAACUAUUAGAAAAAUAGAUGAAGUAUAUUAUAUUGCAUUUUAAUCAAUUAGAUUUGAAGAUAAAUUGUAAUUAAUUAAAUUUUAUAAUUAGUGAAGAAUAUAAAAAGGAAUUUUAAGAAGGUCAUUUAACUUUAGGAGGUUUAAAAAUAAGUUAGAAAAAUAAAUCUAGUUUAAUUAUAAAAGGAUAUAUUGAUGUAGAUUUAGGAAUUAAAGUGGGAUUUCAUUUAACAUUAAAAACUAUUAGAGAUAAAGUUGUUACCUCAAUAACUAAAUUAAGAGAGUUGUUUAUUUGA